GGGCGCUGACCAAUCACAGCGCGUCACGGCGCGGUAAGAUGGCGGCCGUGUGAAUCGCUGCCCCGUUGCAGAGCCGCCAUUGCGGGGCUCCGUGCCGUGGAUAGAGCCGUCACCACGUGUCCCCCCGCGGGUCCUUCGUGAUGUCGCUCCGUGCUGUGCUCAGGAGCGCGGCCUUGCUGCCCUAUAGCGCUCUCGGGAUGCAGCCGACGGCCGCCAUGGCCACGUUGAACCAGAUGCACCGACAGGGGCGGCCUAAACAUCCGCCUCCCAAACCCGGGGCCACGUUCGGCCGGCCGCAGCUUAAAGGGGUCGUGAUAAAGAACCUGAUCCGGAAACCUAAGAAACCCAAUUCGGCCAAUAGGAAAUGCGUGAGGGUGCGGCUGAGUAACGGGAAGGAGGUGGUGUGUUUCGUACCGGGAGAAGGGCACAACCUGCAGGAGCACCACGUUGUGUUGGUGCAGGGAGGCCGCACUCAGGACCUGCCGGGCGUGAAGCUGACCGUGGUGAGGGGGAAAUACGACUGUGCCCAUGUGCAGAAGAAGAAGUGAUGGCGGCCGAGGGAUCUUGGAUUUACGGUCAUUAAAGCGCUGCGAUCCCGGAA